CUGGUUGCCCGGAUGUUCCUGUUGCGGCGGCGGCGGCCGUGGUUGGGUUGCAACCGGGGGGCGCGGAGCGGAUGGGCCCAGCAUGGCUGCCCCGGCGGCCCUGAGGAGAAAUGCCCCAGGUGAAGGAGACACCCUGCCCCCUCAGUUCCCGUGGACGCUGGGUGGCCGAGGCCGGUUCUCACAGUCACGCAAGAUGGCAACCUUGAAACGGAGUCACCAGCAGGCUUGGCCAGAGGAGGAGGGAGACCGGGAACAUGGCCUCUAUAGCUUGCAUCGCAUGUUUGACAUUGUGGGUACCCACCUGACCCACCGCGAUGUCCGAGUGCUGUCUUUUCUCUUCGUGGAUGUCAUCGACGAUUAUGAAAGGGGCAUGAUCCGAAGUGGGCGGGACUUCCUCCUGGCACUAGAGAGACAGGGCCGCUGUGAUGAGACCAACUUCCGCCAGGUGCUACAGCUGUUGAGGAUUAUCACCCGCCAUGAUUUGUUGCCCUAUGUCACUUUGAAGAGGAGAAAGGCUGUGUGUCCAGAUCUUGUAGAUAAGUAUCUUGAAGAGACUUCCAUUCGCUAUGUGACACCACGAGCCCAUAGCAAUACAGAGCAUGUUCCUGUCCACCAACAAAAAUCUGUGCCUCCCCACCAUCCUCUGGUCUGCUGCUCCUCUUCGGGCCCCCAGAUCUGCGCCAAGAGGUCUGGCCGGGGAAGAGCCCUGCUCGGUAACCAGCGGAAAAGGAGGAAGUCAGUGACGCCGGAUCCAAAGGACAAACAGACGUGCGAUAUCCGCCUUCGAGUCCGAGCAGAAUAUUGCCAGCACGAGACGGCCCUGGAGGGGAACGUCUUCUCCAACAAGCAGGACCCGCUUGAGCGUCAGUUUGAACGUUUCAGCCAAGCCAACACGAUCUUGAAAUCCCGAGAUCUGGGCUCAAUCAUCUGUGACAUAAAGUUUUCAGAGCUGACGUACCUUGAUGCCUUCUGGCGCGACUACAUCAAUGGCUCGUUGCUGGAGGCCCUGAAAGGGGUCUUUAUCACAGACUCGCUCAAACAAGCAGUAGGUCACGAGGCCAUCAAACUCCUCGUCAAUGUGGACGAAGAGGAUUACGAGGUGGGCCGACAGAAACUCCUGAGGAACUUGAUGCUCCAGACAGCUCCUUGAAACCUGGUGGUGGAUUUUUUUUUCUCCUCCCUCUCCUCAGGCUCUCCUUUGGAUGGAUUUUUUGCAGAGUUCUUUUCCUUAAAAAAAAAAAAAAAGAGGAAAAAAAACCUCAAAGGAAUGAAACCUGUCAUGUACUGAAUAAGUGUAAGAGCUGUUUCAAUGUGAGGAUAAGUGCGAUGCUUGGUUUUUCUUUUUCCCCCAGUUGGGAACUGAAAACGGGAAGCCGGGAGAUUCAAGGAGGUCCGUCCUGUGCUCCUGCCUCUGAAAGAGCCCGUUUCCUUGGGCUGGCUGAGCAUCCUUGACCCCUGAAAGGUGCUCGCGAGGUCUGCGGUUCUUUCUUAUCGCAUCAUCUCUUGUGCUGUCCAACUUCUCUGUUGUUUUGGUAUUGUCUCCAUAAAGUAGAUUGCCCAUUGCCCCCUCCGAAAAGCCCUACACAGGCGUGGCAAGGCCCUGAAGGCAGGCCCUUAACUUGUCUCUUCGUAUUAAAGAAGCUGUUCUUGUGAAAGGGUUUAUCUCCUAUUCGUGUCUCUCUUUGAAGCUGUGAGGGAAGGGGAAGGAAAGGGAGAACUUGGCUAUCUGGGGACUGGAGGCAAGAGAGGUCUUGCUCCUAAUCUGUUUUUUUUUCCCAGUUAGCUGCUCCCAGUAUGUAGCAGUGGUCUUAAAACAGUGGUUUGGAUUCAGAAACGGUUCUGCAGUGGAAGGGCCAGGAUUGUGUGUGGAUGAAAGGGGCCUCAUCUGAAGGAAGUGGCUCAGCCAAGGUGGGGCCGGAGGUGUGGCUCCAAAUAUGAGGGGUGACGAGGUUUGAGCCAUGGCUGCUGCUCUGAACCCCAUUUUGGGGGGAAAUUUCCUUGUGGGUCAAAAAGGAGACCUCCUUUGGCUAGGGAGGCUCCCCCAAGGCCACCUCUUUGCUCUUCUCUCCCUGCCCGGCGCUUCUGCUGUUGCUCGGGCUGCUCCCUGAGUGCAGCAGCCCUCCUCCUGCAAUCCCAUGUGUGCCUUUUCCUCACCCUUUGGCAGAGGAAGCAUCUGCCUCCAAAGAUGAACGAGAAAGGUCUUUCCUCUCUCCUCCUCAGCCCCGCAGCCUCUGUGGACAGCCGGCCGCCUGGGGCUGUUGGCCCAGAGGUGGGGAGAAAGGGUUUGGCCAGCUGGAGAAUGACUUCUUCGGUUGGGGAAAAGCUUGAAGGGGGCACCCGCCUGUGGCUGGGGCCAGCUUCUGGAUCCUGUUGCUUUAGCUGGCUGGUCCCUUUUUCCUGGGACCUUCCCCUUCCUGACUCGCCCACCAGCAUUGCAAAACUGGGUCGCUCUUGGAAGAAGCUUGGAGGAGGACAGGAGUCACAUCAGACCUUACUUUCCUUGGUGUUGAGCAUGGCGCCAGCUGCCUCCUGUUUUUCGUUUUCUUUUUCUUUUGAAAGAGACCUUUUUGGAGACCCUGGGCCAGCUUUUGUUCUGCGGUUCACAAGACAAGGUGAAAAGGCAGCAAGUUUUGUAAUAAGACUCCUAAGGUCUGCAGAGGGUUCAGCUGUGGGGUUACGUUUUGGUAGCACCACAGUUCUUGAUGGGGUGUGUCCUUUUUCCCAACCCGUCUCCCUUUUCCCUGUCAGCUGCGGCAGGCACGGGGGUUCCCUCGGCCUCUGUUCGAGAAGAUAGAACAGAGCGUGCUUGGGAGGAAGAAAUCUGUUCUCGUCAACUGUCACAAGGGAUUGUUUACUGGAGUUUUGCGCCGGAUUUCUUUUGGUUGGGUGCUUACACAUCCUGUAUUUUAUUUCUGUUUGACUACGUUAAAUAAUGUGAAGCCCUUGGCAAGCAAACAGCCAUACCUCUGGUUUGGGGUGGCUAAUCCAGAAAGCAUUUGGCCUGUAGAUCUUUCCCCAGGAAGACCCCCUCUAGCCCCUUCAGCUGACUUCUUCCAGGUGGCAGAGGGGCUGCUUUUGACCACUUCUGGUUGUGUUUUCUGCUCCGUAGGCAGGAAGGCUCCACCCGACAGUGGAAUGAACUGGAAGACGCCAAGCAAGUGCGCCGUUUAUACAGCCAUAAACUCAGGUGGCCUUGGACCAUUUCAGGUGGAGGGAAUUGAAAAAAAAGUUGGCUUUCAUCCUGCAUGGAAGUUAAAGGACAUUUAAUUCACAUGGACACUCAGUCUGUAUGAGUUUGUGUUUUGAUCUGACUACCUUGCUUCCCUUCACUUUCUAGAAACAGCGUUUUACUUUUAAUAAGACAAGACCUGAGGUGGUUAACAGUGCUUCAGAUUUGGCUCAGAAGAGACACUGGAAUGUGUGAAAGAGCAAAUCCAGCACCUUCUUGCAACUCAUCCAAGUAGUGCCUCUUUUUCUAGAAUUGCACAGCUGCCUUUCCUGAUGUGUCUGCUUAAAUGGGCUGUAAGCUGGUGCUGUAUUUGUUCUUGCACCGGUGCCAAAGAUGUCCCACCCUUUUCCACAUCCAAAGCACUGUGCAGCUCAAGCAGCAACCUUCCUCCUCAAUUUGUCCAACUUUUUCUCUAAAUGCCCACUUCCUGUCUGAAGAUAGUCCAGGGAAAAUGAUGGCACUUGACUCCAUUGGCUGCAUAAACUGGCCCCGAGCCCAGGGAACGUGAGCCAGCGACCCUCCGCUUUGCUGGACGUGUCCCAGCUGGGCUUCUGAGGCUUUCUUCCUGCUCACUGGCUGCCUCGCAAAGUAUGCAAAAGCCCAAUCGUCACACACACACACAAUCCCUGUUAUUUCAAGAUAAUUCUGGCACAAAUUUGUGUAAAAUCUGUGACUUCUUUAUUUUUUUUUAAGGAAAUGCCAGUGUAACUGGUCAUGUUCCCAAUGUACCUUUGUUUCUUUCUCAAUAAUAAUAAUAAUAAAAAAGUCUUCUGCCUUUUU